GAAAAUGGCCAGACCGAUGGACUGGCAACUUUUGGAAAGAGACCGCCUGGGUGAUAAUUGAGCCGUCCCGGGCUGCCGGACGGUCCUUAUUCGUACCCUGCUCUUAGACGCUGACAUGUUAUUUACCGAAGAUCAUAUUGGGUUCCUUUUCCCAACUACAUAUGGCACAUCAACGGAAACCAUAAGCUCAUGGGGAUUCAUUAUACAUGGAGGAAUUGAUGGACAAUCUCGUCUUUGUGUAUUCUUGAAAUGUGGUACAUCUAACAAAUCACAAGUUGUUAUGGAGCAUUUUAUGGAAGCAGUCGACACUUAUGGCUGUCCUCUUCGUGUGCGUUCCGAUUAUGGAACCGAGAACGUUGAAGUAGCACGAUAUAUGAUUGAAACAAGAGGACCUAACAGAGGCAGUUUCCCGACAGACAAGUCAACUCACAAUCAACGAAUAGAGAGGCUGUGGAGGGAUGUCCGUGAGUGCGUGACCAGCAUUUUUUCAGACAUUUUCCAUUUCAUGGAGGAUGAAGGAAUUGCCAACAGGUAUGAUGAGCUGCAUAUCUUGGCCAUGCAUUAUGUCUUUUGUCCCAGGAUAAAUAGAGCCCUUGAAGAAUUUAGGGAACAAUGGAACAAUCAUCCUAUGCGAACAUCUCAAAACAGGAGUGCAAGUAUGCUUUGGUAUGAAGGGAUGCUGAGGAAUCCCACCCUCGUCUAUGAUGGGCCAGUCGAAUUUAAUGAUUCUGAUGAGCCCGUGCCAAACAUUACCACCAAUAACAAUGUCCAAGUCCAUGAACUGUCGCUUCAACUUACUCCAGAUAUCAUUGAGAUUCUUAACAACCAAACUGACCCACUCGUUGAAGAUGAAUGUUGA